AUGACAACGAAGCGACGAAAAACACGGCGACCAAACGCCUCAGAGGGUUCAAAGAGUAGAAGAGAAAACUCAGAGCAGAUUCCAGUCAAUAUCAUAAUCGAGAUACUCUUGGGAUUGCCGGCGAAAUCUGUAGGGAGAUGUUGUUGUGUAUCCAAGUUAUGGGCGUCCUUACCUCGCCGUUCAGAUUUCAUGGAGCUGUUCUUGACAAGGUCUUCCUCUCGUCCGCAGCUCUUAUUCGCUUGCCAAAAAGACGGUGGCUUGUUCUUCUUCUCUUCACCUCAGCCUCAAAAUCCCGAUGAGAACUCAUCUCUUGUAGCCUCCGCCGGUUAUCACAUGAAACUUCCCGAUAAAUAUAUGCUUGAAAGAAAAUUUCGUCUUGUCGGAGUGACGAAUACGAAGAGAUUUGAGACUGGGACAGGGGUAAGCAGCUAUUUCGGGUAUGAUCCUAUUGAGAAACAAUACAAGGUAUUGUGUAUGACGUAUCCUGUUCGUGGAGAGUGGCGGAUGUCCGAGGAGCAAUAUCAAGUUCUUACAUUAGCCGGAGAAGAACUGUCAUGGAGAAGGAUCAAAUGUUCAAAACCUCAUUAUCCUAUAGGUAAAAGGAUAUGCAUCAGUGGUAUAUGCAUCAAUGGUGUUUUGUACUAUCCAGCUUAUGGGAAAUACAAGAAGUUGACAUCAUAUGUUGACAUGUUAGUUUGCUUUGAUGUUAGGUCUGAGAGUUUCAGCUAUAUUAAAGUCAAGAACACUCUCAUUAAAGCAGUGAAAGAUGGAACUCUAAUAAACUACAAUGGUAAAUUAGGAGCGGUUUUGACUAAAGGGCCUCGCUUUAACAUGUGGGUUUUAGAAGAUAUUGAGAAAGAGGAAUGGUCAGAGCAUACAUUCGUAUUGCCACCUUCAUGCCAAUAUAUGAUUGGAAACAACUAUUUAAGUUUUGUUGGGGUGACUUGUGGAAAUGAAAUUGUCUUGUCACUACUCUACAAAAUGUCCAGCCAGAACGUGCCCUACUACAUUUACUACUACAAUGUCGAGAGAAAAGUUUACACAUUCGUAGACCAUGUCGAGAAUGUGAAGCGUAUGGAAAUGUUUUCUACUUAG